ACUCUAGCUUCAGUUUCUUCCGAUUGUAGACCACCUCCUUGCUGAAGAUGUUGUUGGAGUUGAAAUUGCACACAUGAAAGAUGUGUCAUACAAGUUUGAUAUUUCUGCUUUUCUCCUCUUGCAAGAUUAACUUUGUCGAUUUUUUCAUUCAAUUCCUUUAUUGUGGAAUUGCACAUGUCCAGCCAAUAAUGAAUAUCAUUAUUGCUCAUUUCAUGUAUAUUUCGCAAAGUAUCACGCACUACUUCAACAAGGCGUUCAAAAAGUUGAAAUGAAGCCAUAUUUACUUUUUCACUUAAUACUCACAAAACAGAAUUGUAUAAAGAACUAGUUUCGUGUACUGUUGCAGACGAAGUCUGCUCCUCACAGUAAAAUUUCUUGCUAUAUAUAGACGAGACCACGAAAGAAAAGGAGGAAAAUUUUAGAAACUACCAAUGAAUAGGAAGUUUGACAAGAAGAAGGGAUAUUUUCUUGGGAAGGGAUGGAUUUUCUAUCUUUGCUCCAAUGAGAAGUGGUCAUCUUCGACAUUGAAAAGCUGAGGAGUAAGUCAUGACGAGGAGAAGGGAUAUUUUCUUGGGAGGGGAUAAAUUUUCUAUUUUUAGACCAAUGAGGUCUAUGCUUCUUUUUGACAACCAAUUGUGUGACAACCAAGGUGGAGUUUCUUCUUAUAUAAGCAGGAUGACAAAAUUCAUCUGUUCAUUUACAAUAAAUUCGCCUUAUAGAACUAUCUCUACGAAGCUGCAAGAUGACUGCAAUGUGUGAAUACAAAAAGAUGUUUCAAAAUACCAUACUGAAAUAUCCGGAAGAAAAUGUUUAUAUUGUUGACACAAGGAUUUCAAAGAAUUGCUGCGGAUACUUUCAUUUUCAAAGAAAUUAGUUUUCUCAACAUAAGAAAAACAGCUUUACCAACUGCUUACCUCUUCAAGUCUCCAAUGCCGUGGGAAGAAUUUACCGAGGAAGAAAAAUGUAUGAUACAUUGGCUAGAAAAAAGUCACCAUGGAAUUGAAUGGAAUUCUGGUGACAUUCCAUAUCAUCGACUUCAACAUGUCUUACAAAUCUUUACACGAGAUGUUAAAAAGAUAUUCGUUAAGGGAGAACAGAAAGCACUGUGGUUGAAAAAUUAUUUGCCGAAUACUCUAAUAUGUAAUGUCGAAGAUCUUGGAUGCCCUCCGCUCGAGAACAUAAAAAGUAAUAAAAAUUACUUUUGCUUGCACCAUCAUCUUUCUAUUAGAAGAAAACCAUCAUGUGCCGUCCAUAAUGAUCUUUCAAUAAGAGCAUGGUUAUUAAAUUAUUUGUCUGAAAAAUUUAGUCAAGAUGAAGUUGAUAAUUAUUAA